UGCAGGGAAAAGGCACAAUAUGAUAAUGAUAACACAAACAACAUAAUACAAAUAUAAACUAGUUUGGCAGGCCUGGUUAAACAGCCAAGAGGGCCGCAUCUGGCCCGUGGGCCGUAGUUUGCCUAAGCCUGGCCUAGAGUAUUACUAAAGUACUUUAAUCUGGCCUAUACAUGCUAAACACUAAAAGCACUACAUACAGAGUUUCCAAUUACGGCAGGUUGUCAACAGUAAGAUCAGUGCAGUCACACAGAAGCCAUCUAACAUCCACCUGAGCACCUGUUGUUUUAAGGUAAGACUAGAUCAAAUAACGUGUAUGGAUGGAGUUUAAAUUUGACGCAGAUACUUGGACAUAAGAAGCUAAAUGUUACAUCAUGGAACUUCUUCUUCUAUCCAUGUAUUUUCAUUAUGGUUUUCUUUGAAACCCUGUUUCUGAGAAAGAGCAGAGCUGGUCGUUGACGUUCUUCAGAGAGCAGUUGAAAAUGGCAGAGGCCUUGAGGCUAAUGUCAAGUGCUGCUCUCCAUUAAUGUCAGACUAUCUUUAGAUGUUUUUUUUUCUUUCGCUUCUUUGACUCUCUUUUCUUCGCCGCUGCUCAGGGAUGUGAACUAACAUUUUCUGAUGGUGGUCCUGCUGUGUGGUUUUCCCUAGAACCGGCAUCUACUUAGCUGAGAGCGGCGUCAUGUGUGUAGCUUCACCCCAGCUCGGUGCAAACGCUCUGAGCGGCAGGAACGGCAGGGCAGAGCAGAGCCGAGCCGUGAUGUUCAGGAGGAGAUUCAACUGAGAACAUCUGCAUCCUGCAGCUGUGAAGAGGAGGAGAACGCGGGAAGAAGAGAUCUGCUGCUCCUUCCUCCAUCCAUCCAUCCAUCCAUCCAUCCUUCCUUCUUUCCUCCCUCCCUCUCCACCUCUCCUCAGCCUCUGUCCAUCGCUGCAGCAGCUGCCGCCGCCGCCACUGCUGCUGCUGCUCUCCCCUCCAGCCUGACAUCCUACUGUGAGCUUCUGUGUGGGUGAUGAUCAGUGGACGACGAGACCAGAGCUGAACACAAUGAGCUGCCAGGACAAAUGGGUCACUCUGACCCCGGCCGAGUUUGCACUGCUGCAGGAAUAUGCUCAGUACUCCACCAAAAAGUUGAAGGACGUGCUGCAGGAGUUCCAUGGAGAUGGGGUUUUGGCCAAAUACAAUCCAGAGGAGAAGCAGGAGAUCCUCAACCAGGAGAUUGACUUUGAAGGAUUUAAGCUCUUCAUGCAGACAUUCCUAGAGAGUGAACUUCCCGAGGAGUUCUGUCAGCAUCUCUUCAUGUCCUUCAGCAACAAGGAGCCAAAACCCACUGCCUCGGGUUCAGAUAAAUCCAGGGUCUCUGGUUUGAAGCUGAUCAAAAGUAGCUCCACGCCACUGAAGACACCCACACUGCCCCAACCUCUGAACACAGUGCAGCUAAAAGACAUUGUAUGUUACCUGUCACUGCUGGAAGGGGGACGUCCAGAGGACAAGCUGGAGUUUAUGUUUCGUCUCUAUGACACAGAUGGAAAUGGCUCCUUGGACAGUUCGGAGCUCGAGCACAUUAUAUCCCAGAUGAUGCACGUGGCUGAGUACCUGGAGUGGGAUGUGACCGAACUGAAACCAAUUCUACAGGAAAUGAUGGAGGAAAUUGAUUAUGAUCACGAUGGCACUGUGUCCCUGGAAGAAUGGAUCCAAGGGGGAAUGACCACCAUUCCGUUGCUAGUACUGCUUGGCCUGGAGACAAACGUGAAAGAUGACGGACAGCACGUGUGGAGACUGAAGCACUUCAACAAACCAGCCUACUGCAACCUGUGUCUGAACAUGCUGAUCGGACUGGGAAAACAAGGACUCUGCUGCUCCUUCUGCAAGUACACGGUACACGAGCGCUGCGUGGCUCGGGCUCCACCGUCGUGCAUCAAAACCUAUGUCAAGUCCAAGAAAAACACAGAGGUAAUGCAUCAUUUCUGGGUGGAAGGGAACUGCCCCACCAAGUGUGACAAGUGUCACAAAACCAUUAAGUGUUACCAGGGCCUGACUGGGCUGCACUGCGUCUGGUGUCAGAUCACGCUUCAUAACAAGUGUGCCUCCCACGUCAAACCUGAGUGUGACUGUGGACCCCUGAAGGACCACAUCCUACCCCCCAACUCCAUCUGCCCCGUUGUUCUGGAGCGGCAGACGACGCUGAGGAAGGACUCUCGCUCCAGUCAGUCCAGUCGAGGGAAGAUGCAGAGAGCAAACUCUGUCACGGUGGACGGUCAGGGACUGCAGAUCACGACAAUAGAGGGCACUCAUCCUCUGCUUGUCUUUGUCAAUCCCAAGAGUGGAGGGAAGCAGGGAGAGAGGUAAGGACACACUAAGCACACAAUCUGCUCAUUACCUGUCAUACAGGCUUUACAGUAAAUCCACCACUCAGCAGUGGCAGCAGCAGCAGAAAGAGCGACGCAUUGAAAGCACCGCUAACGUUGGCCCAGGAUUUGUAAAACACGAAAAACAGCAAGAAUUGGCCAAAGGCUGGAAUAGCAAUAAGUUAGAUAAAAAGAAAACACAUUCAAAUUCAAAGAUACAAAUACACAAAAUACUAUAAAGUAGACAACGGUCAGUAUUUCAUACUAUGUAAACAACCCUGGAUAGGUUCUUAAAAGCCACUGUUUGAGAAAGUGAACCUUCUAACCUCUGACCUCUGACUGCUCCAUGCCCCGAAGCUGAAUUUGUCAAAUAA